CGGAUUUAGGUUUUCUCCUCUCCCAGCUUUCCCUAAACUCCCUCGCCCCCACUCUUCUCUUCUUUUGAGCUCCAUCGAAACGGCGGCGGAUCAUCUGCACUCGAUCGCCGUAAACUAAGAAGGGAAGAUGGCGGCGCCGGAAGCUCCAGUCAAGUACGUCGGAAUCCUAAAGGAGUCCGCCGCUUUCCGGCUAAUGAAAUCAAUGGGAUGGGAAGAAGGAGAAGGACUUGGUAAAGACAAGCAAGGGAUCAAAGGCUAUGUCCGAGUCAAGAACAAACAAGACACAACUGGUGUUGGUGUUGAUAAGCCGAAUCCAUGGGCAUUUGAUACUACUCAGUUCGAUAACAUUCUCAAGAAGUUGAAAGUGCAAGCAGCACCUAUCAAGAAAGAUGAUGCUUCGGAGAAGGAAGCUGAAAGUGAAGACGAAGCUGGCAAAUCUGAUGAGCCUGUCAAGUCCAAUGUUGCUAAGGUUACUCGUCCACAAGGAAGGUAUAAACGUAGGGAGAAGGGAAAGCUUGUUAAUUCAUACUCUUCUAAAGAUCUUGAAGGAAUACUUGUUAAGCGAACUGAGGAGCCUUCUCCUGCGGUUUGUGACAUAGCCGAUGCUAUGGAGAUUGAAAUUAUAUCCGAGGACCAACAUCCUGAUGUUAAAGAACAGAAACUUGAAGAACCUUCUUCUGACUGGUGGGGAUUUAAAUCCGGGUUUGUCUCGGGUGGUCUUCUUGGAGCUAAGCCUGGCAAAAAGAAAUCAUCCAAGUCUAACGAGAGAAAAAUGUUUUGUGAGGACGAUCAAGAGAAUCUUUACAACAUGGUUCAGGACAAAGCCACGGCUGGAAAACAAGGACUGGGUAUCAAGGAUCGGCCUAAGAAAAUAGCUGGUGUUCGUUACCAAGGAAAGAAAACUUCUUUUGAUAACAGUGAUGAUGAUGAUGAUACUGAUGAAGAGGAAGAGGAGGAAGAAGAGAGUGAAGAAGAAGAUGACAAGGACUCUGUUUUUGAAAAUGCUAUCCCAGCAAAACGGAAGCGCGAAGAGAGUGAAGAAGAAGAUGACAAGGACUCUGUUAUCGCAAAAAGGAAGCGGGAUGAGAUCACUGAACCCAAAAUCAAGUUGAAGAACCUGUGCAAGCAGAUUCUUAAAAAGGACGCUGGUAGUAGUGGAUCGAUGAAGCUGAAACAGCUUAAAUCUCUAAUUGAUGAACAAGCACCAUCAGUUCUCUCUAAGUUUUCUUCAAGGAAAGAUGCUAUUGCGUACUUGAAACUUAAGCUGGAGCGAAGUGGGAAGUUUACUGUGGAGGGAAAGAAGAUCAGUCUCGUAUCAAAAAACAAGUGAGGACAUUUUUGUCGUUAUACCUGCAUAGGACAGUGGAGAUUAGGGCAAGUUUUGUUACUGAAUCAUCACCAUGCCAUAUGUAUAACAAAUAUCUUUCAUUUUGAAAUUUUGAUGUGUUUGUAGUUUAUUCAUACUGGGAUUAUAUUAUGAGAGUCUGCAUUUAAACUUCA